ACGGCCGGCGAUUCUCAUAUCAAUAAAAAACGGCAUGGUAUGCGCCGCAGCACAGCAAACGUCGCAGCUGCGGACACAGCCUGAGUCGGAAGGCCCACGUCACAUAAGCUUCCAAAAUGGAGGGGACUCCCCCCAGCAACACCAACACAAGCAACCACCACCGCCGCUGCCGGGACCGCCGCUCCCGUCCCCAGAACCUUAACGCCCAUAAGCGCAUCCGCGAAGAGGGCGAGAGCUCUGGUUCCGCCUGCAGCAUCUCCCCUGCGGCCCCCCCCGUCCGCCAGCCCUCCGAGGACGACGGCGGCGGGGAGACUGAGGCAGAGGGCACGGCCGACGGCUUCGUGAUCCUCCUCGCCGAGCCCGUGCCGUCGAGGCGCGUGCGGGACGCGCACUGCCCGUCGCACGGAUCUGUAUCCCUAGUGGGAAGGCGGAGGAACAUGGAGGACGCAGUGGUCGAGGUGACGGGGUUCGCGGCGGGCGGGUACGGAUACUUCGCGGUGUACGAUGGGCACGGAGGAGCAACAGUAGCGCAGGCGUGCCGAGACAGGCUGCACGUGGCGGUCGCAGAAGAGGUGGGGCGGCGGAGGGCAGCGGGGGAGGGGGAGGGGGUGGACAUGUGGAGGCGGGCGUUGGUAGCGGGGUUCGCGCGGGUGGAUGAGGAGGUGAUGGGGGAGACAAGGCAGCUGCGACAGGGGAUGGUGGGGUCGACAGCGGUGGUGGCGGUGGUGGCGGAGAAGUGGAUAAUAGUGGCCAACUGCGGUGACUCCAGGGCUGUGCUCUCACGUGGCGGAGUGGCCGUGCCCCUCUCCAUGGAUCACAAGGUCUACUUCUUCCUUCCUAUUCCUUUCUUUCUCUAGGAGGGGAAGAAAGGAAACUUAUUUUAGGCUUCCCUAUUAUUUUUAUUCUCUUAAAAUUGUGAGUAUAUGCUUUAUUACAUGUGAUUCUGAUAUACUAUAUAACUUUAAUAUUGUGUAGUGUGUUCUUAGUCCUCUAAUGCAGAAUAGUAGACAAACUUCUUCA